UUCGCAGAUGUGGGGUCCUGUCAGUGUCACAGAAGCACAGAGCAGCAGCAGAAGAGAGCAAUAAUCAGGAACAGCUUAACAAAGAGACCAGAGGGUGGAGUCUGAAAGUGCCUGAUGUUUGGGCCGAGCAGAAAUCGAUUACGCAUGACCGUGGUUCGACACGUGAAAUGGGCGGUGUGUGGGCACUAAUUGGAGCGUGGCAAUUGGUUCGAUUGCAACGGCGUGAGCCGCCAUGGAACGACUUGUCGUUGAGAUCGCCUUCUGUAAUUUUUCUGGAUCCUCCGAGAGCUUCGCUUUUUGUCUUGAUGUCCCAGGGGUCUAUGGUCUUUGUGUCUUCGAACAGAGGAGGAUUACUGGGUGGCCCGACUACUACUGCGUAAACGAACUGAGCGCAAUCACAACUUGAUGUACCGUCUCAUGUACCAUAGCUUAAGUAGCUCUACACAAGAAUUUAUCUACCAGACGUGUGCCCGU